GUGCGCAUGUGUGUGUUUGUGUGGACUUUUCUGGACGUGAUCACACAAUUUUGUCCGUAGGAUUUGCAGUACUGUAGGUCGCAAUGACUCUUCAGUGGACAGCUGUGGCCUUCUUUCUUUAUGCAGAGAUAGCAGUCAACCUCAUUUUGUGCAUCCCCUUCGUAUCAGCACAGAGAUGGCGGUUGGUUUUCAACUGGAGAAUAUGGAAGUGCUUAUCACCUUACUGGAACAAGUGCUUCUUCACCAUGAUUAUGGUCCUCGUUGUUCUUUUCCUUGAUGCUGCCCGUGAGGUGCACAAGUAUUCGAGCCCAGAGCCAAUGCGUGAAGCCAAGGUGAACUCUAAUCUCUUCGAUCACCUUCACAUGAAGCUGUUCAGAGCUCAGAGGAACCUCUACAUCUCUGGCUUCUCUCUCUUCCUAUGGCUUGUCAUGCGGCGAGUGGUUACGCUGCUGAACCAGAUGGCCGUCUCCAUGGAGAACAAUGCAGGCCUUCAGGCACAAAUGGAGAGUGCUGCCAAAGCAGCCAAACGGUAUCAAGAGGACAACAUCAUACUCGAAAAAGCUCUUUUGGAUGAGGAAAUGGCAAUUUCAGAAAAAAACCAGCAACUCAAGCUUGAGGUUGAGAGCCUGUCCGGUCAGUUAAAGGUGGCUGAGGAGGCGGUGCACAAGUCCCAUGCUGAGGUGGAAGCCAUGAGCAGGCAGGCCAAAGGGAUUGCUAAGGAGUACGACCGACUGCUGAAUGAGCAUCAUCAGCUCCAGAAUCUCCAGAGUGCAGCAGACAAAAAGAUACAAUAA